GUGAGGGGCACCGGCAGAGCCGGUGCUGGGAGGGGAGGGGGGCUGGAGGCCUGAGCCGCCUCCAACCCCCCGCUACCUGCUGCCCCAAAGAUGCUUAAUGACGGGGGGGUCCAGCCCCUGCCCGCCCCCCCCGCGGGCGCCCAGCUGACACCCUGGCCGGUCCCCAGCCCCACGAACAAGACGCUCUUUAUCCGCUGCCUCCCCCACCCCGGGGCAGCUGCUGGCCCAUAGAGGACCCCUGGAUUUGCCGGGGCGGCGCCCGGCGCCGAGCAUGGACCGGAGACCCCCCUGAGCUCAGCCCGGAGCAGCGCCGGGGGACAUGCCCCCCGCCCCCCACUCCUGCCCCCCCGGAUAACUUGCCCCCGGGCCGUGCAGGAGCCACGCCCACCCCAGCGCCCCUGGCGGGCUCCCCCGUGCCCCCCGGCCCUGGGCCGCGGGAAGAUGACCACUAGCCCCCAGGAGGCCCUGAUCUCGGCCUUCCUGCAGUUCAUCGAGGAGCGGGGCAGCCGGGCCUACGGGGCGCUGAGCCAGACCCGCCAGCCGCUGCGCCGCGACAUGAACCUGCUCUACCGCAAGAGCAAGCUGGAGGGCCGGCAGCACAAGGACGAGGAGCCCAAAAAGGGCUCCGCCAAGGACUCGGGAGCGGGGAAGAUCCGGGACGUGGCCUCCUUCCGCCGCCACUUCCGGAUGGGCUUCAUGACCAUGCCGGCCUGGCAGGAGCACGCGCCCCACCCCUGCGCCAGCGGCAUGGCGCCUCGCUCCCUCUCCUGCCACUCGGUGGGCAGCGUGGAGAACGGCGAGGGGGCCGCCGGCGCCAGGAAGCCCCCGGCCAAGCCCAAGCGCCACCCCAGCACCAAGCUCAGCAUGGCAGGCGAGGGGCGGGCGGCAGAGCCGGCCGGCAGCAGGAAAACCGGCCCCCAGAAGUCAUGCUCCGAGAGCCGGGAGCUGGGGCGCAAGGUGCCCCCCCAGAAGCCUAAGCGGAGCCCCAACACCCAGCUGUCGGUCUCCUUCGACGAGACCUACUCCAGCCGCCCCCUGGCGACCCCCACGGGCGGGGGGGUGCCGCCGCGGUUCGGACGGGCCUUCUCCCACGGUCACGCCAAGGGCUCGGACCCCGAGGACGAGGAGCCCGUCUAUAUCGAGAUGGUGGGGGACGUUUUCCGGGGUGCCGGGGGCCCCCAGCCGCCGCCCCCGUCGGGGGAGGAAGACUCCGACGAGAGCGAGGCGAUCUACGAGGAGAUGAAGUACCCGCUGCCCGAGGAGGCCAACGGCGUGGCCGCCUCCCCCCGCCCGCGCCAGGCCAAGGCCUCCCCCUGCGACAUCCCCCCGCCCUUCCCCAACCUGCUGCAGCACCGCCCGCCCCUGCUGGCCUUUCCCCAGGGCCCGGCGCACAAAGGGCACAAAGCGGGCACCCAGGAACCCUCCAAGCUCCCCGUGCCCUGCCACGCCAAGGAGGCGCCGGCCGCGCCCCAUGCGCCGGGGCACCCAGCCCUGGCGCCCUCCGGCCGCGCCCGCAGCCACUCCACCCCGCUGCCCCCGCAGCCGGCCGGGCAGCAGAAGGCGGAGAAGGAGCUGCCCAGUUCCCACAGCAUGAUCUGCCCCCCGGCCAAGCCGCUGCCCUCCAUGCUGCCCGUGCCGCAGCCGGCCAAGGACAAGCCGGCGGUGGCCUACACCAUGGUCUACUCGGCCGUCAAAGUCACCACCCACUCGGGGCUGCCGGCCGAGCAGAAGACGGAGAAGGAGAUCUCGGUGCUCCACGGCAUGCUGUGUGCCCGGCCGGCCACCGUGCCCGUGGGCAAGCCGGCCCCGCGCCCCGUGCCGCCGCUGGGCAUGCUGUGGACUUACCCGGCCCCCUGCGGGGGGAUGAAGCGCCCGCCGGCCUACGAGAGCGUCAAGGGGGCCGGGGCCAAGGCCGCGGCGGCGCCGCCCGUGGUGAAGUUCCAGCUGCAGGACCGCGGGGCCUUCGCCAGCAUCGCCUGCUCCCACGUGGUGGCUGGCGCCGAAGAGGAGACGCUGGGCGUGGGGUGGGCGCUGCAGCGGAAGGGUCUCUAUGCCAACUGGAAAGGCAAGGAGCCGGAGAAGCCCGCCGAGGGCGCCCGGGUCUGGAACGGCAGCGGUGAGGCGCAGCUGAAGCCGGAGAAGGAGGAGAAAGCCCUGGCGGGGCCUGUGCUGUCAGGGAUCCCUGUCCGGGCCCCGGGCCCCGAGGGAAUGGUGCCCAAGAUGCCGGGCUGCCGAACAGGGCUGCCUGUGCCAUGCCAGACCUUCCCUGCCUGCCACCGCAAUGGAGACCUCACCGGGGGUUACCGCCUGGGCCGGUCGGCUUCCACCUCCGGGGUGCGACACACCGUGAUUCACACGCAGAGGCCAUGCAGCCACCCCAAAGACGCAGCCAGCCUGGGCGGGGUGGCGCCGGGCGCCCAGGAGCGGGACGGGAAGCUGCUGGAGGUGAUCGAACGCAAGCGCUGCGUCUGCAAGGAGAUCAAGGCCCGGCAGCGGCCCGAGCGCAGCCUCUGCAAGCAGGAGAGCAUGCCCAUCCUCCCCAGCUGGCGCCGCAGCACGGACAGCCGCAAGGCGGGCACGCCGCCCUGCCGGCGCCAGCACACGGUGCUGUGGGACACGGCCAUAUGACGCCGGGGGCACGGCCGCCCCCCACCGCGCUGCCUGGGGCCGCCCGGGGACAGCAGCCCCCCGCGGCCGGGGAGGGGCGGAGGGGGUGAAUUGCUGGCCGUCGACCCCUCUGCUCUCCUGGGGGGGGCCAUCCCGCGGCGCCCCCGGCUGGAAGGAGCCGGUUGGCCAGGCCGGGGAUGCUGGACUGCGAGUGAGGCCUGGAUCGGAGGACACCCAGAGGUGACGGACCAGCGCCCCCUUUCCGCUGCCCCUGGACCGGAUCUGGGGUGAGGGUCACAACCAGGUGUUCCCGGUGCCAGGCGCACCCACACCGCUGCCUUGCCGUCAUCGUAAGGGGAAGGGGGGGGGGGGAUUACAGAACAAAACUGAUCCCCCCGGCUGCCCCCCAGACUCCCCAGCGCCUCCCCUCUGGCCCCACAGUGGGUACAGUCCUCCUCAGCCGCCAAGUCCCGGUAGCGUUUUUAGACAGACGGCUGGACCGACUUGGGACGCUGGCGCGCUCUCCGGACCCCAGCCACCAGGACGCCUGGGUUCUCCCGCCCCCUUGACAUAUUUAAUUCACUCGCCGGGGGAUGGGAGGCUGUCUCAAGUGUAAUGAGAUGAUGAAACUGCUUUGCAAAAUAUUUAUGCUGGGGCGGGGCUCGGGGGGGGUAAUUUAUAUAGAGAAAUAAAGCAUAAA